AUGUGAAAGAUGCAGCCUGCUGACAAUCAGUCGAAGCAGAAGCGGAAGUUGGUUAUUUCCAACCUUGGAGGAUCAGGAUCAGGAUCACUAACAGGCUGAAAAUGUUCUCAGUGAAUUUGCUUUGCAGGUUGCGGGCGCGUGCUGUUUCUCAGUCAUUCAGUCACUUUCAUGUGGCGGCUUCGCGACAUGUAGUGCCGCGUGCCGCGUGCUGUUUCAGAGGCCUGAGCGGUGAACUGCCGCGUGCUGACAGAAGUUCUCUGCGCGUCAUAUACACGGUGCGGUCUGGAUGUCCGUCGUCCCGUUGUCUCUCUACGACGAGCCACUCCGAGGAGGGGAACCUGAUUUACAACGGCAAUCUGGGCACCGCUGUCCGAGGGGUGAAGAUGUUCUCUUAUAGCACCAGUGGGGCCAGUCUCUUCCUCAUGCCCCACAUUCUCCUCAAGACCGGACUCGGAGUCCAGAGCCUCGCCCUGCAGAUCGCUUUCUGUGGCUUCAUCGGCUUCUUCACCUUCCUCACCCCCGUCCUCCUCCACUUCAUCACCAAGGGCUACGUGAUCCGCCUGUACCACAACCCGGACACAGACACCUACACCGCCGUCACCUACAGCGUCUUCCUCACAGAGAAAAGGACUGUGUUCCACCAGAGGCAGGUCAGGAUCCCAGCUGUCAGCAAGAUGUUCACCACCUUCUACGCCGACAAGACGAGCAUGCUGGUGAACCCAGACAUGUUCCCCAUCCCUCAGGACUACAACCACCUGAUGGGCUAUGAUAAGCCCUUCAGCUUCAACACAGAUGACAUGGACAGACCUGAGAGUUGAAAGACUGCUGAGAUUGAACACAGGUGUCUGUGGGAUCAUGUGUUCCAGUUAGCUGCUAACUGUUGAAUGUGCUGUCAGUGUAUGAAUUCGGUCUAAACACAGUACACAACAUCCAUGGAGGACUUUGCAGCCAAAAUCAUAUUAUGUAGAUUUCCAGAUGUUUUUUUGUCCAUUUAUUUUGAUGUCUAAUGUUAAUAAAUUAUAACUUCACUAUCAUGA